UCGGAUCACAUCCGGUGUAACACCCGCCCGGGGGUGGGUUUCGAAUGUCUCCCGGUAUAAAACGGAAGCUCGACGUACGGCUAUUUCUAUGGGGUCUGUUUCUACUACAAAUCUCGCUCAUCUGCCUAUUUCUGCUGUUCGGUUCGCUGCUCGUGUCGACCACAAUCGAUACGGCAGACGAUGGUACCGCCUUGGACCGUGUACAAACAGCUGAGCAGCAGCAGCAGCAUCCAGAUGAUGUCCACCGGCGGCUCGUUACAUCGUUUUCCGUCUGGUCUCCGUUCGGGGUGCGAUUCAUUUCCAACCGAACGGUUGUGGGACUGCGGUCGUCGCCAACGGAAAACCCACACCAUGCUGGCGCGAUCGAAGCAAGCAAUGACGUUGCCAAUGGUGAGGAUGGAACGGAUGGUAGUAGUCAGCUGUUGAGGAGAAACAAGCUGCUGCUACAACGCCCAAGACAUCCUAAAUAUCAUCCAUGGAUUCAGCGCGAGAUACCAAAGGCGGAGAGUGCGGGCAAAUAUUUUAGAACGAUUUCCUACACGGACUGGCAGCGAACCCGCAAACAACGGUUGUGCUUCAUCGAGGGUACGCAGGGAAAGGCGUUGGUGACUUCUAAGGCAGCAGCAGCAACCAGCAAGCCCGGCAACAAUGAGACUGAACUGAUAGAUACAGGAAUAGUAAGCAAACAAGCAGCAGAGCUUAACAAUCCCACCCAACCGGCAACCGAAGACGGUGAAGAUGAGGACUUGUCCGCCGUAAUAGUAGGAGACGACGGUACGGGCCGUUGCCGGUGUAAUCCUCAAUGGCACGGUGCCGAUUGUGGCCAGCCGGAGGUUAUAUGGCGUGCGUUUAUCACUUCCAAAAUUCCACCCCGUGAUCAAACGGCAACGCCACGCCCGUACGCCCGCAAUCUCUUCUAUAUCGUCCAGAGCACGUUCAUCAGUGUGGAGGUGCUGGAGAUACAGCUAAUGGAGCUAGUCGAUCAAGUGAGUCUGUUUGUGCUGUGUGAUCGACCAGUAGGACCCCCUGGUUCCGCUUCAUACGGCGCCUCAAUCGCACAUCACGUGGAUGGAACGGAUUUCCUGCGCAAGAUACGGGACCGAUUGCUCAUCGUGUCGGAUGCAUCGUGCAGUGGACGGAAUAUGUUCCGGAAGUUACUUAAAUACACCACUAAGGGCGCAAUUCAGGUGGACGAUAUUGUCCUAUUCAGUGGAACCGAUGAGAUAUUAAAUCGCAAAGCGGUCGCCUAUCUCCGAUGGUACGAUAAUUGGCCCCAGCCGGUACGGUUUCGCUUAAAGCACAAUGUGUACGGUUUUUUCUGGCAACAUCCUACCAACAGUACCGUGAUCGGUGGUGCUGCCGUGCAGGUAAGCACCCUGCGGGAAGUUUACGGUUCCGAUCCGGAUCGGUUGCUAGCGAUCGAGAAGCCGGUUAUGCUGAUAGGCGAUUUAAAUCACUUUGGCGGUUGGUACUGUCGGCGAUGCUACCAACCAGGUUCGAUCGUGCAGUACUACGAGCAUCGGGCAGCGAUCGGGACCGGUGGUAUUUACCUUCCCGAUCCAAAGCGAACGAAAGUGUUGAACGAAGAGUACGUCCAGCAGCUGAUAGCAAACGGAAAAGAUUUGGAAGAUGGGGAACGCACUCUCGAACGAAUUAGCCGCCGAACGGACAAGUACUAUGAGCCGGAUUAUGUGCGGGAAAAUAGCUGGAAGUUUGAUAAUAUUGUACUGAAUCUUUUUGCCCGCUGGGACGAUAAUCUGGCGGACGAUGAUUACUUUAGCUAGGUUUGGGGAAAGCUAGGGCAAGAGGCAGGUCGUACCU